AUGGUUCGUGUCCUAAACGAGUCAACAUUCCAAAGCGAAGUCGUUCAGAGAUAUACUGACGUCAUUGGCGAGAAGCUUGGAGGGAAAGUGCUCGCAUGUUCUGACGAGUGGUUCGCAGCCGCAGAGAAUCUUAUUAAACCUAAAGCACCUAUCAGAGAUGCUACUAAAUUCACAUAUGCCGGUGCCUGGUAUGAUGGCUGGGAAACUAGAAGACACAAUCCAGAGGAAGCUGACUGGGUGAUUAUCAGAAUGGGCGUUUCGUCUGCAACUCUGAUAGGCUGCGAGAUCGAUACUGCAUUUUUCAAUGGCAAUCAUGCUCCUUUUAUUUCUGUCGAAGCCGCAACUCUGACUGACGACUCAAAGUUGGACGGUAUUCAAUGGGACGAAGUCAUUGAGAAAUCGGAGUGUGGCCCUUCUCAAAGACAUUUUUUCACACGCGAGGAGAUCACGCCUAAAAAGUACACACAUGUGAGAUUGAAGAUGUAUCCUGAUGGAGGAAUCGCCAGAUUCCGACUUUACGGAACAGUCUAUCCUGUAAUCCCACAAGAUAUCAGCAGCAUACUUGAUACAGCUAGUGCGAUUAACGGAGGUGUGUGUGUUGCAUUUUCAGAUCAGCACUUCGGUUCUGCUGAUAAUCUGCUACUUCCAGGUCGUGGUCAUGAUAUGUCGGACGGUUGGGAGACCAAGAGAUCGCGGACUGUCGGUCAUACCGAUUGGGCCAUUGUUAAACUGGGGUUCAAGACGAACGUCACUAAAAUCGUCGUUGACACAGCUCAUUACAGGGGUAAUUUUCCCCAAUUCAUUACAGUUGAAGGCAUCAAUACAGAGGAUUACUCUCCUGCUGUAAACGACCCAAAAUGGGUAUAUCUUGUCGACAAGACGAAGACUGGGCCAGACAAAAUACACGAAUAUGAAUCUAUUUCAAACCAGCCAAUCACGCACGUGAAGCUAACCAUGAUUCCCGACGGUGGAGUCAAGAGACUCAGAGUUCUUGGUACACUAAAUAUAUAA